AGCGCCUCCAACGGUGUUUGUCUCUACUCCGUCAGACCGUCACCGUCAGUUCCCGUCUGCUAAUUGUUUCCAUCCAAAAUUGUGAUCUGGUUUCUAUUUUCUGAAAUUUUUUUAUCAUUGGCAUUCCUACUACUUUUAACGGUAGAUUCCUCACAAUGGAUGAUCAAGAUGCAACUGAGUUUAUGGACGAUGAUUCCAAUGAUGCUAAUUCACCAGCAGCUGAAAAUGAUCAAACCACCUAUGAAGACUUAGCUGCUGGUCCUAGUGUGGAGCCUGUUGAAGUUGGUAACACAAGGACAUUGGGACAACCUUUGUCGGAUUUUCUCAUGACUUUAGAGGAUUACACACCAACUAUCCCUGAUGCUGUUACUUGCUCUUACCUUGCCUCAUCUGGAUUUGAAGCUUCAGACCCGAGAAUUGUCCGUCUGGUGUCUAUUGCUGCUCAAAAGUUCAUUUCUGACAUAGUAAAUGACGCUCUGCAGCACUGUAAAAUGAGGGGAGCUAACACAGUUCAAUCAUCGAAAAACAAAAUGAAGGAUAAAAGAUAUGUCCUAACGAUGGAAGAUCUUGCACCAGCACUUGCAGAAUAUGGAAUUCAAAUUCGCAAACCUCCAUAUUACUCAUAAUUUUUU